CCCCAACAAAAUCACUUAACCCAAUCCAAUGGCUUCUUCAUUCACGUUCUCCGUCGUAACCGUUUUUCUCGCCACCGUCAUUCUCACCGUACACGGUUGUUCUCCGUCAGACAGAACCGCACUCUUAUCCUUCAAAGCAUCCCUCAAAGAACCCUACCACGGCAUCUUCAAUACAUGGUCCGGCGAAAACUGCUGCGUAAACUGGUACGGCGUUAGUUGCGACUCCACCACCGGCCGUGUCACCGACAUCAACCUCCGUGGCGAGUCAGAAGAUCCAAUCAUCUCAAAAUCCGGCAAGUCUGGUUACAUGACCGGAAAAAUCUCACCGGAGAUUUGCAAAAUUGACAGCCUCACUUCCUUCAUACUCGCCGAUUGGAAAGCUAUCUCCGGUGAGAUUCCACAAUGUCUCACUUCUCUCUCCAAUCUCCGCAUUUUGGAUCUUAUCGGAAACCAGCUCACCGGAAAAAUUCCGGUGAACAUUGGAAAGUUACAACGACUGACUGUUCUGAACCUCGCUGAGAAUUCAAUCUCUGGCGAGAUUCCAACGUCAGUCGUUGAACUAUGUUCUCUUAAGCAUCUUGAUUUAAGCAGCAACAGUUUAACCGGUUCGAUUCCGGUUAAUUUUGGAAAUCUUCAAAUGUUAAGCCGUGCGUUGUUGAACCGGAAUCAAUUAACCGGUUCCAUUCCGGUUUCAGUUACGAAAAUUUACCGCCUUGCUGAUUUGGAUUUGUCGAUGAACCGGUUAACCGGUUCACUUCCAUAUGAACUAGGUAAAAUGCCGGUUCUUUCGACUUUGAAUUUGGAUAGCAACUCGCUUUCGGGUCAAAUACCUUCGAGUUUGUUGAGUAAUUCGGGUUUAGGUAUAUUGAAUUUGAGUCGAAACGGGUUUUCGGGUACCAUACCCGAUGUUUUUUGUCCUAAUUCGUAUUUCAUGGUUUUGGAUAUGUCUUUUAACAAUUUGAACGGGCGGGUACCCGGAUCGUUGUCAUCGGCCAAGUAUAUCGGGCAUUUGGAUCUUAGUCAUAAUCAUUUGUGUGGAUCGAUACCGUUGGGUGUGGGAUCGCCUUUUGAUCAUCUUGAUGCGACGUCGUUUAGUAAUAAUGAUUGUUUGUGUGGAAACCCUUUGAAGACUUGUUAAUAAUGUGGGUCAAUUCUAUCAAAGUUUCAUACGGUGUUUGCCACUGAAUCUACUGAUCCAUCCAAGAAUAUAUGGGUCACCCAUUACUCGAAAUAAGUGGAUUACCCGAUUCGUUUAUGAUAUACUACUACUAGCUAUGAAGUAAUGAAGAUAAAGUGUGAUAUAUUUUUUUAUGUAAUAGUUUUGGUUUUAUGAAGUGAUGUAAUAUUGUAGUGGUAAAGUUGAAAUGAACAAAAAGAAGUUUGUUGAAAGGAGCAUAGGCAAUUGAAUGCACGUGCAUGGCAUCAUAAUAUGGCUUUGAAGGAAAGAAUUUAUGUUUAAUUGUGCAUGGGUUAAUUAAUCUUUGUACUGAAAAUGUUCCUGUUUUGCAUGUGAGCUUCCUUAUAUAAAAUAUUUGAAUUUGGAUAA